AAGAACAUCAAACCGAGGCUGGAAAACAGCGAAGAUGCGAGCAAUAUGGCGGGUGUUGAACCAGACGAGAGGAGAUCCUACACAGACUUGAGAGAGAAGCUUAACAGUACGCCUCAUAGAAAGCAACAUUUGGAAAAUAGGAAGCGAAGACGAGAACAAAUUUCUGGUUCACAUCGUCAGCAUUCAACGCACGAGAGACCGUAUGAUAGGGACGUUGAGUUGCAAAAAGUUCAUCAAGGAAUUCGUCAGCGAAUUUUGUUCGACAAGGAAGAAUGUGAAAAAAUUGAAGAAAAAAUCGAUGAAAUUGUUGAGCUUGCAGAGAGUGGGACCUACAGGAGCCGAACAGUUGAUAGGGCUCCUUUGCGAGUCAAAUAUUUCUUCGGUGAGGGCUACACAUACGGGAAACAGUUAACCGAACGAGGUCCUGGUCAAGAGAGACUUUUUCCGCGAGGAGAAGUGGACGAAAUACCCGAGUGGAUUUUCGAGUUGGUUAUUUCUCGCCUCGAGAAGGCUGGAAUUGUGCCUAAAGGUUUUGUAAACAGUGCUGUAAUAAACGAUUAUCAGCCUGGGGGCUGUAUAGUUUCGCACAUCGAUCCGCCGCAUAUCUUUGAUCGACCUAUUGUGUCUUGCUCGUUUUUUAGCGAGUCUUCCUUGAGUUUUGGCUGCAAAUUCUCGUUUAAACCCAUCCGUACCUCAACGCCAGUUUUAACCCUUCCUCUUCCCCGCGGCUGUGUUACUACUUUAAGGUGAGUUUUUACUGCUUAUUUGCACAAGCGUUUGUAUCUGUCUCGUAUUCCAUGCAGUUAGUUUGCGUAACAUUAGUUUGCAACGUUUAUUCAGCCUAAGCUUAAAUUUUACUUCCUCUUCAGGCGAAUCCAUUCGAAUGAGAUUCAGAUUCUAUUAAGAUAAGUAAACCAAUUUGAAGUCGUCAGGUCGCCAGCCUUGAAUUUACAAUUAUUCAGUAUUUUUUAUUUUAAAAUACCACAUGUUUUCCUUGAAUACAUCUAGCGUUCUUUUUUAGGUGAAGAAAAACUACAAAUCACGAUUAUUAAAAGCAUACGAGUUAAAGCUUAAAGUCCAGGCCCCGGUUGUUCAAACGUUGGAUAGUGCUAUCCACCGGAUAAAUCACUAUCCAGCGGAUAAGUAUUAGGGAAACUAAUUCCACUAUCCACUGGAUAGUAAUUUAUCCGGUGGAUAGCGCUAUCCAGCCUUUGAACAACCAAGGCCAGGCCGCGGUUGUUCAAACGUUGGAUAACGCUAUCCACAGGAUAAAAAUCUAUCCAAUGGAUAGGGCAAUUAGUUUCCCUAAUACUUAUCCGCUGGAUAGUGAUUUAUCCGGUGGAUAGCACUAUCCAACGUUUGAACAACUGGGGCCAGUUAGUGAAAAAAAGUCAUCCUUGUGGCAUUCUGGCCACCCAAUGUUUAAUGUAAACUUCACUCAAGGGCUUAAUUAUUUUAGUGUUUCGGUGGAGAAGCCAGUACAGGUGUUAAAUAUCAAUUAAAGUGGAUGAUUUAGUUUGAUGUCAGAACAUAAGCACAAGAGUAAAAUUUUUCAUAUUCUCUGUUGGAAAUAGCAUAAUAAAAUGGGAAGAAGUAGCCCUAAGAGAAAGGAUGAGGGAGGCAACAGGCCACCCUUUAAGCGACAGUUAUGGAGAAGAGAAAUUCUCCUACAGCUGUAGUUCUGUGUUUUUGGAGGAUGAUCUUUCCAGGACAGAUUUUGGACCUGCAUCAGGGUGUGUCAGUAUCCUUGUGUAUAAGUACAGGGAUGUCACUAAAAGCCUGCUAGAAAAGAUCUUCGUUCUGGCUCAAAUUGCUCUGUAACACAAGGCAAUGAGAGGAUUGUUUAUGUGCAGUUGAGAAAAAAAGUGACGUGUGUAAUAAAAAAGCCGGCUUAGCUUUUUUUUAGCUACAUCGCUGCAUGUACAUGUAGGUGGGGGGCGGAAAAGCCCGUGUAAAUACUGAGCGAGUGCCCCAUGGGCAUCCCAUUAUACUCCUUAAAUCUAAUAAAUUCCAUAUGGCUGCAAUAUUGGUAAAAAGGUCUAUUUAUAGAGCACAUUCUGAUCACACGCAUUUGUACCUUCUGUCACCAACUUGUUAUCUAAUCAUGUACAUUUUGACCUUUUAUUAAGUGAAAGUUACUCAAAAAGCACCAGCAUUGAGUGUUUUGACCUUCAAUCAGAAGCCUAAAACUCUCUUCACUCCGUAACCUUUGGUUAUUGCAAGUAGUAUUAAUAUUUUGAAUUGGUAGCUGGGAAUUAGCUGCACCUAUGAUUCUAAAAAUAGGAUGAAAGGAGAACAGCAUCUUUUGCCCAGGUUUGACACUCAAUUUCCUUUAUUUUCGAGUCCCAAUUAUUCAUUAAAAUAUUCAGGGUCAGGAAACAAAGAAAAUUGAUAAUCAAACUAAGGUUAAAAUCAUUUUAACCUGAAUUUCAUUUUGACCAACAACAUUUACCAUACACAUUAGAGAAACAGUGCAACUAGAAAAGUUACAAGAACGGGAAUUGUUUAACUUUCCCUUUAUGUUAUGGUGAUCUGGCCUAAAGUUUGCAGAUAAUCCAUGUCAUCACUGCUAAAACCUGUCCACUACAUGUAGGUGUAUUAAUAAUUAAUAAGAUGAAUUAUUCAUAUGCUUUCCUUAUGCUUGUAUGUAGUGGUUAUGCUGCUGAUGAUAUUACUCACUGUAUAAGACCUCAAGAUGUGAAGAAAAGAAGAGCUGUUAUUAUUGUAAGAAGGUAAGUCUGUAAGCUGACUACAGGUACCGUAAAGUUCUGGGUCGUUACUCUUGUAUUUAGCACCCUUCAGCUAUCGCUACUUUUGGAGGCUCGCUAUUUUCAGGGUUCAUUACUUUUGGAUGGCAAAAACGUGUACUCCCCAUGGGCACUCCAAAAAAUGUGAAAGGAAUACUUUUUGAAAAAAGGUUAUGUACAUCCUGUACCUCGAAUCAGUGUGACAUUGUUCAGGAUUUCUAUCAUAUCCAAUAUAUUUUGCAAAGAGGGAAGUUAGUUUUGAGGUCUCCACACUCGGUGGGAUUGCUACUUUUGGGAUUUGCUAACACCUGUGACAUUUUAUCACUAGUUUCAGAAGUUCGCUACUUUCAAGGGGUUGUUACUUUCACAACUUUGUGGUAUGAAAACUAAAAAGCUAGACUAAAGCAGUGUUGAUCUAAUUUAGAAUGUUGCACAAAUAGACCAUUUCUAAGUUGCCAAAACUCUCCCCUUUAAACUAUGCUGGGUGCAAAACCUUUCUUGUGAAAUGAGUUUUAUUUGCAUGAGAAAGAAAAAUCACUUUCAUAUCGAUAGCUUCAAUUUAGCCUCGCUUUGAAACAGAGGCUUGGGGCAACUCAAAAAAUGGUGUAUUACUCAGGGUUCUUACACUUGCAAAACAUUUUGUGGUAAAAUUUCUUUGCCUCCAGAGUACUGCCGGAUGCACCAAGGCUCGAACCAAUCGUUAGUGAAAAUGGUGGCCAGGAAAAGGAGGAUAGCAGUGAGAGAGAGAGUGAAGAUCCUGAUGAGGAAGAACCAUCCCCUGCCAAGAAGAAACGGGUGGUGUUAAAAAGAAAUACUAGACAGCCCAAUCAUGAAGUGAAAAAGCAACCAGAUACGCUCAAAUAA